AUGUCGGCGGACGUCGUGCCGCCGGCCGGGGGGAAGCCAUUCUCGGCCCCCCUGCCUGAGGCGACUGCUGGCCAACGUAGGCCACCCACGGAAACGUCCUCCCUGAACCCUAAAGGCGACAGGGAGGCGCAACAUAUGAAGAAGAAAGCGAAGCAAACGGCUCCGGUCAACAACACCCUGCUGGAAGAUGAAGGUGGCAGCGGGAAGGAUACGGCCAGGAAAUCUCCGCCGUCAAGUCCUCGACCAAACGUCUGGUCGCAAGGGACGGGAGCAGCGCGCAGGCUCUUCGGAGGGGAGAUUCGCAUGGAUGAGUGGUACACGGCCGACUCGGAUAGUGAAGACGCGGCGACGGCGAUGCGCGAGGAUGGCCUGGAGGAGGGUUUCGAUGGGGAAAUGGACUCGACUUGCCCGCCGAUAUAUUUCACCGCAGCAGAAGAGAGGUCUGUCUGCCGCAAGCUAAGAUCAGCCCUCAUCGUAAAAGCCCUAGGUCGGUCAGUUUCAUACACGGCGGUGUCCAUCCGCCUGAAUGCGAUUUGGGCAAAGGCAGGAGGGAUCCAAGUAACGUCCAUGAAAAAUGGAUAUUUUCUUGUUCGAUUCACGAGUGGACUAGACUACGACAGGGCAGUCAUGAACGGACCAUGGAUGAUAGGACCAAACUACCUGUCGGUGCAUCUGUGGGACAAGGACUUUGAUCCAUAUAACCACGAAGUCUCAUCGAUGCUGGUUUGGGCGAGACUCCUUGACAUCCCGAUCCAGUAA